CGCGAGUGGGAUAACAAUUGCCUUGGCUGGCGGGUUAUCGGGUCGGAGCGGCCUCCUGCUCAUUUGCAUACCGCGCCCCGGGGGAUAAGCCCGCCCAAAGCGUCCCGUUAAAACGGAGGCGGCGGUGCAGACGCCACGGAGUGGAGCAGUGAAUGCACUUCAGUCAACAAACAAAAUGGAUAUCGAAUUGCCACUUUUAAUACUGUACAAAAUCAGAACAAGCCGCCUGUCACAGAACAAAGAGCAGCAGAGGAGCGGGAGAAACGCGGCCAGAAAGAGACGGGUCUACUUGAGAAACGAAAGAAAGUUCCCCAACCGAGUGAAUCUCCUCGAUCUGAAUGAAGAUGAGAUCAAAGCGAGGUACCGGCUAUCCUCUGAAGCUAUUCAGUCCCUUUUUGAAAAAGUCAAAGAAAACCUAAAUCCCAAAACAGAGAGAAGCCACGCCAUUCCGGGCAUUGUCAAGUUGCUGUGCGCGCUACACUUUUUCACCAGCGGCUCUUUCCAGAACAGCGUCUCCACGGCCGGCGGCAUCACCCAGUCCAGCUUCAGCCGAUUUCUCUUCCAAGUCAUACAGGCCAUAGUGAACUUGUACAAAGAGUACAUUAGUUUUCCUAAUGACCCCGCUUCACUGAGAGCAGUCAAACAGUCCUUCAUGAGUGUAGCGGGAUUCCCAAAUAUCAUCGGUGCUAUAGAUUGCACCCACGUGGCCUUAUCGCCCCCGUCGGAAAACGAAUACAUCUAUCGCAAUGAAAAGCACUUCCAUUCGUUGAACAUGCAGGUCGUCGUAUCGCACAAUAUGAAGAUUAUCGAUGUGGUAGCCAAGUUCCCCGGUUCAACUGAAGACUCCUAUAUUUUAAGUCAGUCUGGUCUUCAUCAGCGUUUCGAGAAUGGGGAAUUCGGAUCUGGAUGGUUGUUAGGCGACAGCAUGUACGGCCUGAAGCCUUGGCUCAUGACUCCCAUCAAUAACCCUAAAACCAGGGCAGAGAAAAAAUACAAUCACGCUCAUUCUGCGACACGAUCGGUAAUCGACCGCACGUUUGGAAUGCUGAAAACUCGAUUCGGAUGCCUGGAUAAAUCGAAAGGGGUUUUGCUUUACUCCCCCGAAAAAGUCUGUAAAAUCUUUUUCGUCUGCUGCAUACUUCACAACAUUGCCAUGAAUGAAAACGACUACAUGGAUAUAAACGAGGAGUAUGCGCAGCACGAAGAAAUAAACGCAGAGCCCUUUGAAGACGAUACGGAGGAAGGAGUCGUUCUACGAGACAAGCUGAUACUGGAACAUUUCUCAGACUAAACCUCGCUGAAGAAACACUAGAAGAACCCUUAACAGAAAUAACCACAACAAUAAAAAAAACAAAAAACUUUUUAGUAAAACACAACUAGUUCUCUGUUCAAAUCUGACUUUUGCUUUUUUUUUCUGAUUCUUCAUGUACCGGAUCCUUUCUAUGAGUGCAAGUGUUAAUAGUUCCUAAUUGUGUUUUUGGAAAGUUAAAAUGUAAAUAGUACACGCCUCUAUAUUUUUGUUAAAUAAAGGAGUAGUUAUUUAAUUUUCUUUUUUUUGUAAUAAAAUCCUGAAUAGCCA